AACCAGAAGAGAGCUGGCGGACAAACAGAGCUGACCUCUCUCGGAUCUUGCAGCCAUGAGGCUCCUCUGGGGGCUGCUCUGGGCUUGCAGCUUCUUCGGCUUAUCUCUCCAGAAGCCCAGAUUGCUCCUGUUCUCUCCUAACGUGGUUCGUCUGGGGGUCCCCCUCACUGUGGGGGUACUGCUCCAGGAUGCACCCCCAGGACAGGUCGUGAAAGGGUCUGUGUUCUUGAGAAACCCGAACUCUAUGCGUGCCUGCUCCACAGAGCAGGACUUCACCCUUAGCUCACAGAAAAGCUACACGCUCCUCAGCCUCCAGGUGCCUCUGACAUGGGUAGAGAGCUGUGGUCUCAGUGGUCUCAGUGACCUGAGACAACAUGUCCAGCUGAUGGCCCGGUCACCAUGGCUGAAGGACUCUCUGUCCAAAGUGACAGACACCCAGGGCAUCAACCUGCUAUUUUCGUCUCGCCGGGGACACAUCUUCCUACAGACUGACCAGCCCAUCUAUAAUCCCGGCCAGGGGGUCCGCUACCGAAUCUUUGCCCUGGAUCAGGAUAUGCGCCCAUCUGUGGAUGCCAUGACGGUCACUGUGGAGAACUCUCGUGGCUUCCUGGUUCAGAAGAAGGUAGUGCGCAUCUCCUCCAAACUCCUCUUCCAGGAUGACUUUGUGAUCCCAGACAUCUCCGAGCCAGGGACCUGGAGGAUCUCAGCCCGCUUCUCAGACAGCCUGAACUCCAGCAGCAGCACACAGUUUGAAGUGAAGAAAUACGUCCUUCCCAACUUUGAGGUCAAGAUCAUCCCCGGAAAGCCCUAUAUCCUGACCACAGCUGACUAUCUUGAUGAGAUCCAAUUGGACAUCCAGGCCAGGUACAUGUAUGGGCAGCCGGUACAGGGGGUUGCCUAUGUUCGCUUCGGGCUCCUGGACGAGGAUGGCGAGAAGACUUUCCUUCGGGGACUGGAGACUCAGAACAAGCUGGUGGAUGGCCAGAGCCACAUUGCCUUGUCAAAGGCUCAGGUCCAGGGUGCCUUGGUGAAGCUGAAUAUGGCCCUCCCUGACCUCCUGGGGCUGCGUCUGUAUGUUGCAGCAGCCAUCAUCGAAUCUCCAGGGGGAGAUAUGGAGGAGGCAGAGCUCACUUCCUGGCGUUUUGUGUCCUCUCCCUACUCCCUGGAUCUUAGCAACACGAAGCGACAUCUCGUGCCCGGGGAUCUCUUCCUGUUUCAGGCUCUGGUUCGAGAAGUGUCAGGCUCCCUGGCGCCCGGAGUUCCUGUCAAAGUUUCUGCCACAUUUACUUUUUCUGGAUCUGGUUCUGAAAAAAAAGACUUUGAGCAAAACUCAGACGAUAGUGGCCGUGUCAGCAUUCCCAUUGUUAUCCCAGAGACCAUUGCAGAACUGCAGCUCUGGGUAUCUGCCGGCUCCCACCAGCCUGCCGAGGCCAGGCUCACUGUGAAGGCCCCACCCUCAGGGGGUCCCGGGUUUCUGUCUAUUGAGCGUCUGGAUAUGCGGCCCCCUCGUGUCGGAGACACCUUCAAGCUGAACCUGCGAGCUGUGGGCGUCAGAGAGGACGCCUUCUCUCAUUACUACUACAUGGUCCUGUCCAGGGGCCAGAUUUUGUCCGUGAAUCAAGAGUCCAGGAGGAAGCUGACAUCAGUCUCUGUGUUUGUGAACCACCGCAUGGCACCCUCUUUCUACUUGGUGGCCUUCUAUUAUUACAGAGGCCUCCCCGUGGCCAACUCCUUGCGAGUGGAUGUUCAGGGCAAGGACUGCGAGGGCAAGCUGGAGAUAAACGUGGAUACUACCAAGAAGUACCGCAAUGGGGACCCUUUGAAACUCCACCUGAAGACCGAUUCUCCUGCCUUUGUGGCGCUGGGUGCCAUGGACACAGCCCUGUAUGCCGCAGGUGGCAGGGCCCACAAACCCCUCAGCAUGGCCAAGGUCUUUGAAGUUAUGAAUGGCUAUGACCUUGGCUGUGGUCCUGGGGGUGGGGACACUGCCCUUCAGGUGUUCCAGGCAGCUGGUCUGGCCUUUUCUGAUGGAGACCAGUUGACCUCAACCAAAAAAAGUAUGAGCUGUCCCACGGAGAAAACCAGGAAAAAGAGAAACGUGAACUUCCAGAAGGCAAUUAGUGAGAAGUUGGGCCAGUAUGCUUCCCCAGAGGCCAGGCGCUGCUGCCAGGACGGGCUGACACAGCUGCCCAUGAGGCGCUCCUGUGAGCAGCGUGCAGCCCGGGUACCACAACCAGCCUGUCGGGAACCCUUCCUGUCCUGUUGCCAGUUUGCUGAGAACCUACGCAAGAAAACCCGUACCAAGAACCAGGUGGGCUUUGCCCGAGCCCUGGAGAUGGUGCAGGAAGAAGAGCUGAUCGAAGAAGACCUCAUCCAAGUUCGCAGCUUCUUCCCGGAGAACUGGCUCUGGAAAUUAGAGACAGUGGACACUUCCAAAGUGUUGUCAAUGUUUGUCCCUGAUUCUCUGACCACGUGGGAGAUCCAUGGUGUGAGCGUGUCCCAGAGCACAGGACUGUGCGUGGCCACACCUGUCCGUCUCCAGGUAUUCCGCGAGUUCCACCUGCACCUGCGCUUGCCCCCCUCUGUCCGCCGCUUUGAGCAGCUGGAGCUGCGACCUGUCCUCUACAACUACCUGAAUGAGGACCUGACCGUGAGCGUUCAUGUGUCCCCCGUGGAGGGGUUGUGCAUGGCUGGGGGCAGAGGGCUGUCCCAGCAGGUGCUGGUACCUGCGGGCUCUGCCCGGCCUGUUACCUUCUCUGUGGUGCCCAUGGCAGCCGGAGCUGUGUCCCUGAAGGUGGUGGCUCAAGGGCCCUUUGUGGGGGAUGCUGUGUCGAAGGUUCUGCAGAUUGAGAAGGAAGGGGUCAUCCACACGGAGGAGUUGGUUUAUGAACUCAACCCCCUAGACCACCGAGCCAGAACCUGGGAAAUUCCUGGCAAAUCUGAUCCCAAUAUGAUCCCCGAUGGAGAUUUCAGCAGCUUGGUCAGGGUGACAGCCUCAGACCCACUGGACGCUCUGGGCUCCGAGGGAGCCUUGUCCCCAGGAGGCGUGGUCUCCCUCCUGAGGCUUCCCCGGGGCUGUGGGGAACAAACCAUGGUCUACUUGGCUCCGACACUGGCUGCUUCCCGCUACCUGGACAAGACAGAGCAGUGGAGCUCACUGCCCCCCGAGACCAAGGACCACGCCGUGGAUCUGAUCCAGAAAGGCUACAUGAGGAUCCAGCAGUUUCGGAAGACAGAUGGUUCCUAUGGGGCUUGGCUACACCGUGACAGCAGCACCUGGCUCACGGCCUUUGUGCUCAAGGUACUGAGUUUGGCCCAGGAACAAGUGGGCGGCUCACCAGAGAAGCUGCAGGAGACAGCCAGAUGGCUGCUGACCCAGCAGCAGGAUGACGGCUCAUUCCAGGACCCCUGCCCAGUCAUCCACAGGGGCAUGCAGGGAGGCUUGGUGGGCAACGACGAGACUGUAGCCCUCACAGCAUUUGUGGUCAUUGCCCUUCACCACGGGCUAGCCACCUUCCAGAACAAUGAGGAAGAGUUGAAGCAGCAAGUGACAACGUCUAUCUCAAGGGCAAACUCGUUCUUGGGAGGGAAAGCAAGUGCUGGGCUCCUGGGUGUCCAUGCAGCCGCCACCACAGCCUAUGCCCUGACACUGACCAAGGCUCCCCAGGACAUCCAGAGUGUCGCCCACAACAACCUCAUGGCCAUGGCCCAGGAGACUGACGAUUACCUGUACUGGGGCUCAGUCGCUGGUUCUGAGGACAACGUGGUGUCACCCUCCCCAGCUCCUCACAGCCCAACAGACCCUGUGCUGCAAGCCCCAGCCCUGUGGAUUGAAACCACUGCCUAUGGCUUGCUGCACCUGCUGCUUCGGGAGGGCAAGGCAGAGAUGGCCGAGCGGGCUGCAGCCUGGCUCAACCAUCAGGGCAGCUUCCAAGGGGGAUUCCGCAGCACCCAGGAUACAGUGAUGGCUCUGGAUGCCUUGUCUGCGUACUGGAUCACUUCCUACACCCCCGAGGAGAAGGGACUCAAUGUGACUCUCAGCUCCAUGGGCCGAACUGGGUUAAAGUUUCACACUCUGCAACUGAACAACCACCAAGUUAAGGGGCUGGAGGAACAGUUGCAGUUCUCCUUGGGCAACAGCAUUAGUGUGCAGGUGAACGGAAACAGCAAGGGGACCUUGAAGAUCCUCCGUGCCUACAACGUCCUGGACCUGAAGAACACAACCUGCCAGGAUCUCCAGAUCGAGGUGACAGUCACAGGCCACGUGGAGUACACAAUGGAAGCCAACGAGGACUACGAGGACUAUGAGGAGUAUGGAGAGCUCCCAGCUGGGGACGACCCAGAUGCCCACUGGCAGCCCGUGACGCCCCUGCAGCUCUUCGAGGGCCGGAGGAACCGCCGCCGGAGGGAGGCACCCAAGGUGGUCGAGGAGCAGGAGUCCAAAGUGCAGUACACCGUGUGCAUCUGGCGCAAUGGCAAGGUUGGGUUGUCUGGCAUGGCCAUCGCUGACAUCACCCUCCUGAGUGGGUUCCAUGCCCUGCAGGCCGACCUGGAGAAGUUGACCUCCCUCUCGGACCGCUACGUGAGCCACUUUGAGACAGAGGGGCCCCAUGUCCUCCUGUACUUUGACUCGGUCCCCACGGCCCGGGAGUGCGUGGGCUUCGGAGCCAUUCAGGAGGUGGCGGUGGGGCUGGUGCAGCCGGCCAGCGCGGUCCUGUAUGACUACUACAACCCUGAGCGCAAAUGCUCUGUGUUUUACGGGGCACCGAGUAAGAGCAAGCUCCUGGCCACCUUGUGCUCUGGUACCGUCUGCCAGUGUGCUGAGGGGAAGUGUCCCCGCCAGCGCCGCGCCUUGGAGAGGGGGCUUCAGGAUGAGGAUGGCUACAGGAUGAAAUUUGCCUGCUAUUCUCCCCGCGUGGAAUAUGGCUUCCAGGUGAAGGUUCUUCGAGAAGACAGCAGAGCCGCCUUCCGCCUCUUUGAGACCCGGCUCAUCCGAAUCCUGCACUUCACCAGUGACACCAAGGCCACUGCUGGCCAGACCCGGAACUUCCUGGUCCGUGCCUCCUGCCGCCUUCACCUGGAGCCCGGCAAAGAGUAUCUGAUCAUGGGUCUGGACGGCGUCACCGAAGACCUCAAGGGCGACCCCCAGUACCUGCUGGACUCCAACACCUGGAUUGAGGAGAUGCCCUCCGAGCGCCUGUGCCGCAGCACCCGCCAGCGGGAAGCCUGCAACCAGCUCAACAGCUUCCUCCAGGAGUACGGCACCCAGGGAUGCCAGGUGUGAGCAUCGCCCUCCACCCCACCUCCACCCCACCUCUGACGGGGGGCAGGGUACUGCUAAGAAGUGCUGCUGUUCCUGGUCCCCUGAACACAGCCACA